AGCUCCUCGAGCGCAGGAGAGGAGCUCAGGAAGAAAGUUCAUGUCGUCUCCUCUGGAAAGUCAAUGAAAAAGUUCAACCCUUUCUCUGCUGGCAGAAAUCCUUUUUGAGGGCUCACGUGAAACUGAAGACAUGGCAGCCUCAGGACUUUACUCAAAGUAUGCCCGUGUAUGGCUCCCAGAUGCAGCAGAAGUGUGGAAGUCAGCAGAGCUUAUCAAAGAUUACACUCCUGGCGACCUGACGCUGACUCUGCAACUAGAAGACGGCACGGAGGUGGAACACAAAAUAGAUCCCAAAACCAACAACCUUCCUCCACUGAGAAACCCUAACAUCCUGGUGGGCGAAAAUGACCUCACUGCUCUCAGCUACCUCCACGAGCCCGCUGUGCUACACAACCUGAAAGUGCGCUUCAUCGACUCCAAGUUGAUUUACACAUACUGUGGAAUUGUCCUGGUUGCUAUCAAUCCCUAUGAGAGUCUCCAGAUCUAUGAAGCUGACAUCAUCAAUGCCUACAGUGGGCAGAACAUGGGAGACAUGGACCCGCAUAUAUUUGCAGUAGCAGAAGAAGCAUACAAACAGAUGGCUAGAGAUGAAAGAAACCAGUCCAUCAUAGUGAGUGGUGAGUCCGGAGCAGGAAAAACUGUCUCUGCUAAGUAUGCCAUGCGUUACUUUGCCACAGUCAGCUUGUCCUCUGGUGAGGCGAACAUUGAGGACAGAGUCCUUGCUUCAAGUCCCAUCAUGGAGGCUCUCGGAAAUGCCAAGACAACAAGGAAUGACAACAGCAGUCGCUUUGGGAAGUACAUUGAGAUUGGGUUUGACAAAAAGCUUUCUAUAACUGGAGCCAACAUGAGAACCUACUUACUGGAAAAGUCUCGGGUUGUGUUUCAGGCCCAUGGAGAAAGGAACUACCAUGUUUUCUACCAGCUGUGUGCCUCUUCACAUUUACCAGAGUUUAAAGCCUUCAAACUGGGUUGCACAGAAGACUUCCACUAUACUAACCAGGGUCAGAGCCCAGUAAUAGAUGGUGUGGAUGAUGCCAAAGAGAUGUGCAAUACCAGGAAGGCUUUCUCACUGUUGGGCGUCAGUGAAGCUGAUCAAAUGUCAAUUUACCAAAUUCUGGCAGCUAUUCUCCAUCUUAGCAAUGUGGAGGUGAAAGAUCAGUCCGCAGAUAGGAGCAGCAUCAUGCCAGAUAAUGCCCACCUUAUGGUGUUUUGUGAGUUGAUGGGGGUCCCCUGUGAAGAAAUGGCCCACUGGUUAUGUCACAGAACACUAAAGACAACCACGGAAACCUUUGUCAAGACCGUGUCCAAAAUGAGUGCUGUCAACGGCAGAGAUGCCUUAGCCAAACACAUCUAUGCCACACUCUUCAGCCGGAUUGUGGCCAGUAUUAACAGGGCCUUAGAAUCUGCGGCCAAACAACGCUGCUUCAUCGGUGUGCUCGACAUCUACGGGUUUGAAACAUUUGACAUAAACAGCUUUGAACAAUUUUGCAUCAAUUAUGCCAAUGAGAAGCUUCAGCAGCAGUUUAACCUGCAUGUCUUCAAACUAGAACAAGAGGAGUACAUGAAGGAGGGGAUCCCUUGGACACUGAUUGACUUCUUUGACAACCAGCCGUGCAUUAAUCUCAUCGAGGCCAAGCUGGGUGUCCUGGACCUUCUGGAUGAGGAGUGCAGGAUGCCCAAAGGCUCUGACGACACAUGGGCCCAGAAACUGUACAACACCCUCCAGAAGCAGAAUGCCCACUUUGAAAAGCCCAGGUUAUCAAACAGAGCUUUCAUCAUCCACCACUUUGCAGACAAGGUGGAGUACCAGUGUGAGGGUUUCCUGGAGAAAAACAAGGACACAGUCAAUCAGGACCAGAUUAAUGUGCUGAAAAAGAGCAAGUUUGACAUGCUGCUGACGCUGUUUGAGGAUGAAAAGGCAACAAGCUCCGCUAACAAGCGUACUGCUGUCACUGGAAGAGCGGGUCAGAGCCAGAAGGAUACGAAGAAGACUGUUGGACUGCAGUUUCGACAGUCUUUACAUCUGCUGAUGGACACGCUGAAUGCUACAACUCCUCACUAUGUCCGCUGCAUAAAGCCAAACGACAACAAAGCUUCAUUCACCUUGGACCCUGUAAGGGCGGUGCAGCAGCUCCGAGCAUGUGGCAUCCUGGAAACCAUCCGGAUCUCGGCAGCAGGUUUCCCAUCUAGAUGGACCUAUCAGGAAUUCUUUUGUCGUUAUCGGGUCCUCAUGAAGCAGAAGGAUGUGCUUCCUGAUCGAAAACAAACCUGCAAAUGUCUCCUGGAAAAGCUUAUCAAGGACCAGGAUCUGUAUCAGUUUGGCAAAAACAAGAUUUUCUUCAGGGCUGGUCAAGUGGCUUACCUGGAGAAGCUGCGUUCUGACAAGCUGAGGGAGGCUUGUGUUCGCAUCCAGAAGACAAUCCGCUGCUGGGUUGCACGCAAGAAGUACCUGAGGAUGAGGGAAUCAGCUGUAACCAUACAGAGACUUGUGCGGGGUCACCAGGCACGCUGUUACGUUAAGUUUCUGCGAAGAACCAGAGCGGCUAUUACCAUUCAGCGGAUGGUGCGAAUGUGGCUGGCUAGGAGACGCUAUCAGCGGCAGCGCUCUGCAGCUAUCACUGUUCAGUGCUACUUGAGGGCAUACAUGGCUAAAAAGCAGUACUAUAAGUUGAUGUUUGAGCAAAAGGCUGUGGUCGUCCAGAAGUGGGUGAGGGGCUGGUUGGUGAGACGGCAUUACAGACGCACCCUGGCAGCCAUCAUCUUGCUGCAGAGUUGUGUACGUCGCAUGAGGGCCAAGAUGGACUUAAAGAAGCUGAAAGUGGAUGCACGCUCUGUGGAGCACUUCAAGAAGCUCAACUUUGGCAUGGAGAACAAGAUUAUGCAGCUGCAGCACAAGCUGAAUGAACAGCACAAAGAAAACAGAGAGCUCAGUGAGAGACUGAAUUCUGUGGAGAAGUCAAAGGCUUUGGAGAGGGAGAGAUGUACGAGAGAGAUUGAAAACCUCCAUAGAUCAGAGCAGGACUCAAGAGCCAAGGCAGAGAAGGUUCCCUCACUGCUGGAGCAGCUCUCCUUCCUUCAACAUGAGCUGGAAAAAACCCGCAGGGAGAAGGACGACAUGGAAGAGCAGAAGAAGGACUACAUUGAGCGGACGCAACAGGUGGUAGAACAGCUUAAUAGUAAGAACAGCGUCUUGAACAGUGAGAAUGAUGAACUGAACAAACAAAUCCUGGAACAAGCCCAAAACUUAACAGAGAUUAAAUCCAACGUAGAGAUUACAAAACAGAUGGAGAAGGACUUAAAUGAAGAACGCUCUCGCUACCAAAGUCUGCUGAGUGAACACCUGCAUCUGGAGGAGCGACAUAAAGACCUAAGAGAAGAGAUGGAUCUCGGCAUUAGCCCAAGAAAAUCUGGACAGAACAGGAAAGACUCUAUCUUCAGCAACGCCUCAUCUGAGUUUACUCAGAGCUUGGGCUCGGAAGACGAAAGCUCCGUACAUACAGAGGAUGAGUCCCAGGUGGACCUGUCAGUCCUUCUGAAGCUCCAGAGAAGAGUGAAGGAACUGGAGCAGGACAAACAGUCACUAUGGCAACAGCUGGAUAAUAGAGAAGAAGCUCAACAAGAAAAGGCAGAAGAGGUGGAGACGCAGAGAACUGUUGGCAGAGCAGAACUGGACUUGGAAACACUGAAGCGGCAAGAACUGGAGUCCGAGAACAAGAAAUUGAAGCAGGAUCUAAAUGAGCUGCGGAAGUCUCUCACCAAUGAAGACAAAGAAUCGUUGCCCCCUGCUCCUGGCUCUAUGCCCUACAACAUCCUGCUGGAUCAGCUCAGUUCUUCCAAUGAGGAGCUGGAGAUGAGAAAAGAGGAAGUGCUGCUGCUCCGGUCUCAUAUGGUCCGCCAGGAGGCUCUUAAGCAUAAAGACUCUGCACUCGGUGAAGGUGUGAACUUAGAUCUUGAAAUUCCCUCAUUUAAAGAUGUUAACAGGUCCUCUGAAAUCCACACGCUGAAUGAAGACGGAGAGCUGUGGCUUGCCUAUGAAGGCUUGAAAGAAACAAAUAGACUUCUUGAGUUCCAGAUGCAGGAACAGAAGCGUAUUCACAGUGACAAGUACAGGAAGCUGACCGAGGAGGUGAAGAAGUUGAAGGCUGAAAGGGAGCAGCAGCAGAAGCUGCUGGCCCAGACCCUCCUACUCCCUGAAGAUGCCCGCAUCGAGGCCACCCUGAAGCAUGCGAUCACAAGACUCACCAAUGACAACUUGGAACUCAUGGAGCAUCAAGAGAAACAAGACAAAAUCAUACGCAAGUUGAAAAAACAAGUUAAAAUUUACCUCAAAAAAGUCCAAGAUUUUGAAGUGGGUGCUCAGCAGAAAAAUAACCCUGUGAUGAACGCUCGUGGCCGAGCAGUGAGCAUCACCCGAAAGGAGAGAGAGUACCAGGGCAUGUUGGAGUACAGGGAGGGUGACGAGGGCCGCUUGCUUAAGAACAUGGUCACAGAUCUGAAGCCUCGUGGUGUAGCAGUGAGCUUCAUUCCUGGACUUCCGUCUUACAUCAUCUUCAUGUGCCUGCGAUACGCCGACAAUGUGAACGACGAUCAGAGAGUCAGCAAUCUGCUCAAUUCCACCAUCAGCAGCAUCAAAGGGGUUAUAAAGAGGAGAGGAGAUGACUUGGAAGUGGUGUCCUUCUGGCUGGCCAACACGUGCAGAUUGAUGCACUGCCUGAAGCAGUACAGUGGAGAUGAGGAGGUCAUGAAGAACAACACUGCCAAACAGAACGAGCAGUGCCUGACCAACUUUGAGCUGUCGGAGUACCAGCAGGUAUUUGGCGACCUGGCCAUCCAAAUAUACCGCCAGCUCAUCAAAUGCAUGGAGGAAAUCCUGCAGCCCAUCAUUGUGUCAAGCAUGCUGGAGCACGAGACAAUCCAUAGCGUCCUGGGGGCCAAACCAACAGGCCUGAGGAAGAGGAGCACCACUAUCCCAGAGGCGGACACUGUCACAGUGGAUAUCCUCCUGCAGCGUCUUGGCCUCUUCUACGCCACCAUGAGUCAGCAUGAGAUGGGCUCAGAGCUCAUUGAGCAGGUGGUCAGGCAGCAGUUUUAUGUCAUCUGUGCAGUCACACUCAACCACCUGCUGCUGAGGAAGGACAUGUGCUCCUGGAGCAAAGGCCUGCAGAUCAGGUACAAUGUUUGGCAGCUGGAGGAGUGGCUGGCAGAGAGGGGGCUCCAGGACUGCGGCGCUAAAGAGACUUUGGAACCUCUCGUUCAGGCUGCACAGCUUCUACAGAUCAAGAAGAAGACUGAGGAAGACGCCAAAGCUAUUUGUACUAUGUGUACUGCCCUCACCACAACCCAGAUUGUUAAAGUGUUGACCUUGUACACCCCGGUAAUCGAAUUUGAAGAGCGAGUAUCGAUAACUUUCAUCACAAUGAUUAAAGACCUCUUGAGUGGCAGAGUUGAAUCAUCCACCUUGAUGAUGGACUCUAAGAAAAUCUUCUCCGUCACCAUCCCCUUCACACCUUCCUCUGUGGCUCUGGAGACCAUCCAGAUCCCUGCCAGCCUCAAUCUGGCAUUUCUCAAACGCAUUUAGGCCAUUGACACCUGACCAGUGACACUUAGUGGUCACACCUAAGACAUGCAUUUAUGUUUGAGCUUUUCAGCACUGCAAAGCCAAAGAGUUGAGCUGUGUGAGCAGUGAGUCUACAAAGAAACAUCUUAUGUCUUGCCAAACCUAAAUAUCACUGAUAGAGUUGUUGAUAGUUCUUGCGAAUUCAUGAUUGCAUUAUUUCAUCCAUUAUUAUAAUUGUAUGUGUUUAUAUUUUUUUAAAUAGGCAAAUGUUUGUACCUAACAUUUUCAGGUGACACGUUUGUAAUUAUGGGGAUGGACAUGGACAGAUGGACAGAUAAAUCUUUAGAAAGCAAAUAACCAUAAAUAAAAUAUUGAGUUUGCAUUUAAAUCAUAAUGUAAAUGUCAUAACGAAAUGCAGGAGCUUUGUUUUAAAACUGUAACCUAAUAUUUCUGUAACUACUAACGUCAGGUGAUGAUGUUUAUGCCAGGAAGAGGAGAAGGAACAUGUAUGUAAUUUUGCUAUCUUAUACAUUCGGUCAUAUUAAAGGCUGGCUUUCAAAGAAA